AUGACUAUGAGUGAUAAUAUACCAUUUGUUGUAAGUUUGGAAGAGAAACAUGCUACUGAAUUAGAAAUAGUUGGUGGUAAAGGAGCAAAUUUAGCAAUUUUAUUUCAACGAAAUUUUAAUGUUCCUGAUGCUUUCAUAAUAACAACAAAUGCAUUUCAACAUGUACUUAAUAAUGAACAAACAAAAAAUGUUCUAUUGUUAAUAGAUGAAGUUGAUGUUGAUAAUAUAAAAGAAUUAGAAGAUAUUAGUAAUAAAAUAAAACAAACAAUUUGUAAUAUAAAUUUACCAAAUGACAUAAUUAAUUUAAUAAUAGAACAUUAUAAUAAAUUAUGUGAAAAAAAUUCUAAUAUGAAUAUUCAUGUUGCUGUUCGAAGUAGUGCUACAGCUGAAGAUUUACCUGAUAAUUCAUUUGCUGGACAACAAGAUACUUAUUUACAUGUAAUAAAAGAAAAUUUAAUUGAUAAAAUAAAAGAAUGUUGGGCAUCAUUAUUUACAGCUCGAGCAAUAUCAUAUAGAAAAAAAUCAAAUAUUGAUCAUAAAAUUGUUAAACUUGCUGUAGUUGUACAAGAAAUGAUUUCUAGUGAAGUUUCUGGUGUUGCAUUUACUGCAAAUCCUAUAACAGGUUUAAGAAAUGAAGUUGUUAUUGAUUCAACAUAUGGAUUAGGUGAAGCUUUGGUAUCAGGUCUUGUUACACCAGAUCAUUAUGAAAUAUUAUUUGAUAAAUAUGAAAAUGUAGAAAUACGUGUCAAAAAUAUUGGUGAAAAAAGUAUUCAUAUUAUUGGUAAAUCAGAUGGUGGUACUGAAACAUUAGUUACCAUAGAUAAUAAUAAAAAAAUCGAAGCAUUAUCUGAUCAAUAUAUUAUACAACUUGCUAAAUUAGCUAAACAAGUAGAAAAAAGUUAUAAUUAUCAACCACAAGAUUUAGAAUGGAGUUUUACCAAAGGAAAAUUAUAUAUUUUACAAGCGAGACCUAUAACAACUUUAUUUCCAAUACCAAAAUAUGCUCAUGGACAAUCAGGUUUAAGAUGUAUGAUAUCAUUUGGUACAAUUCAAGGAUUUCUUGAACCUAUGACACCUUUAGGUCAAAGUUUGAUACGUACUCUACUUGGUACUUUGUUAAGAAUGAUAGGGAUUAAUCGUAAUAGUUCAGUUGAAGGUGAUAUAUCUUCAAAUCCAUUACGACAUAAUAUAUUUAAAUCAGCAUCAAAUCGUCUCUGGAUUGAUAUUACUGGAAUAUUAACAUCAGCAGCAGUACAUUUCUUUGGUUUAUCAAUGAUUGAUACUGGAAUGGGUACAAUUAUAAAUUAUUUAGUUCGUUCAAAAUUGUUUCCAAUAAAAUCAAUAUUUUCAUCAUUAACAACAUAUUUAUUUUUAUUAUUUUUUAUUAGUUCUACACUUUUAAAAUCCAUACGAAAUUUCAUAUUUCCUCGUUAUGGAAUAAAAUUAUUUAUGAAUCAAAUAGAAAAAUAUCAUCAAUUUAUUGAUAAAGGAUUUGAAGAUGAAAAUAAUCAAAAUUUUACUAAUUGUGUUAAUCAUUUUCAAAAUAUAAUAUCGGUAUUACCACCAACUUUAGCAAAAUAUGCUUUUCCACCUCUUCUACCUGCUAUUAUAUCUUUAAGAAUUCUUGGAAAAUUAGCAAAAAAUUCUAUUGAUGCUCUUGCACUUACACGUGCUGUUGAAUCAAAUCCAACAACAGAAAUGAAUCUUAUGUUAUGGAAAUUAACUAUAUUAAUAAAAAAUAAUGAAACAACAUUAAAAUUAUUUGAAAAUGAAACAAUAAAUAAUUUAGUAGAUAUUUAUAAAAGAAAAUCUUUUGAUAAAGAUAUUCAAUUAAAAAUAGAUGAAUUCUUUGAUAAUUAUGGUUGUCGUGGUAUUGGAGAAAUUGAUAUAGGUCGUAAACGAUGGUCUGAUCAACCAGAAAUUGUUCUUGAACAAAUAAGAAAUUAUUUAAAAAUUUCUAAUCCUGAUAAAGCGAUUGAUAAAAUUCAUGAUCAAAGUCGACAAAGUGCGUAUGAAGCUUUAUCAAGAAUUGAAAAUGAUUUACGAUGGCCUUUUAUUCAAAGACCAUUAGUAAAUUUUCUUUUUAAUCGUUUAAAAAUUUUAUUUUCAAUAAGAGAAUGUCCAAAAUUUUAUGGCCUUAUUCAAACAUUUGGUAAAUGUCGUAAAGAACUUCUUUCUAAAGCUAAUUUAGCAGUUAAUGAAAAUUUAAUUUCAAAUGUUGAUGAUAUUUUUUUUCUAUAUAUUAAUGAAUUAAAAUCAUUAGCUUAUGAUACUGAUCAUAAACAAUAUGAUAAAAUAGAUUAUUGGAAAAAUUUAAUUUUACAACGUCGAUUAGAAUAUACAAAACAAAUGUCUUGUAAACGAAUACCAUUAAUAUUACUUUCUAAUGGAACAACUUAUUAUGAUGCAACAACAAUAUCAGAUGAAACUAAUCAACAAAUUGAAUUAAUUGAAGGUGAAUAUAUUGGUAGUCCUGUAUCUCCAGGUGUAUAUGAAGGAAAAGUACGUAUAGUUGAUGAUCCAAUGAAUUCUAAAUUAGAACCUGGUGAAAUCUUAGUUUGUACAGCUACUGAUCCAGCAUGGACAUCAUUAUUUCCAAUUGUUGGUGCUUUAGUAUUAGAAAUGGGUGGAAUGCUUCAACAUGGUGCUAUAGUUUCAAGAGAAUAUGGUUUGCCAGCUGUUGUUGGUGUUGCUAAUGCUAAGAAUAUAUUUCAUAAUGGUCAA